AUGUCAGCAGACAGACGGAAUAAAAUUGAGGAAAACAAAAUGAGGGAAAAAACUGCAAGAGAGCUAGAUGAAAGAUAUGAUAAAGCAAUGAAAGCCAUGGAAAAACAGGUUGAAGACGCACAAGCCCAGUACAAAGAAUCAAUGGAUUCCCUCCCAAAUGGGUGGGAAAUGAUUGGCAUGGAUAUAGUUGAAGGACUUGGACAGGUAGUCACUAAUAUGGGAAAUGCCAUUGUCUCAACGUGCUCAAAAUUGACAACACUGGGAGAUUGUAGUGAAAUUGUGGACAUCUUCUUAGAAUUACCAAUCAACACCAAGGCUUCACAGAUUCUUCAACAAGCAACAACACUCCAAGAAUUCAUGAACGGAGAUGAAAUAAACUGGAAGGAUCUGUAUGACCAGAGGAACAAGAGUGCAAAAUCUAAAUUAAAUGAAAAACAGUUUAAAAGGAUCUCUAAGGAGAUAGAGAAUGAAGAAAACAGCAAAGCCAAAGAUGAAGCUCUCUCUCUGUGUAAGAGUGGCUUCGCCAUCUGUGAACAGAUUGCAAUGUAUUCUCCAGACAAGAAAUGGGACAAGAAAACAACAAAAAAGCUGAUUGAGGACGUAAAGAAGCUGUAUGAAGAUGCUCAUAAGUUUGACAGUAAGAGUAAGAAAGACUCUGGUAUUUCAGCUUUUGCUCCCAAACCUCCAUUGAUGUCCAAAACAGAAGAGAAUUCUGGACAUCAGCGUGCCAGCCAGAGAGCAGCAGAGAAUGCACGAUUUAAAAUCGAGCAGAGCAGAGAACAGCUGAAGCAAUCCAGAGAACAAUAUAACAAGGCUGUGGAGAGAAUGGAGAGAAACCAGAAAGAGCUGACUGACAUCCUGGUUGAGAUGCAAAACUGCAACAUUAAAGAGAUUGAGUUUGACACCACGAUCAAAAUGCUGGUCAAAGGUAUGGAUGCCAUGGGCCGAGUGAAAGAGCAGUGGGAGAAGAUGGUGCGCUUCUUCCAGAUGGUGGCAAAUAUUGUGAAAACCAGUCUUUCAAAAACCAUGAAACAUUUCGCACAGAGUGCUAAAGAUGCACAAACACUGUCCUACAAUUCCAGGCUCUUUACCAAAGACCUGAUGUACAACCAGGCCUUUCAAGCUUCCAACAUCGCCAGUCUGGUCCAUAUGAUCUCAGGGACCUACUGUGAAGUGUCCAGCAAAUACCUGAUGGACCGGGUCAGCAGCCUGGGUAAGCUCAUGGCUUUGGACAAGGAUAAACCAGAGUUCCUCCAAGAGCGCCUAAAGCUGCAGGACUCCUGCAAAGAAGCUCAAGAAAACAUCUUAAAAUUGGUGAUACAAAACAAGAAAGAUUUUGAGAAAAACACAGAUACCAGAAUGGCACAAAUUGAAGGUGGGCUGAAGGCCGUUCUCCCUGCUGCUGACCCAGAGGAAACUAAAAGGAUCCAAGAAAUUGUUCAAGGUGCCAUGACAAAGGAAGACCUAGAUCUUUACACUUAAACACAGUUUGGUGCAUAUAAAGGGGAUAUAUUGAUAAAGGGGCUGUUCUAAUAAAACUGGAAUAAUAAAUGGGUGAUUCUGUUUCUAGAUAAAACGUUUUGAUAUAAUCAAAUUAGUAACUUGUUUGUACAUAAUCACUGGUGACGAGGUGGUAGUGUUUGAAAUAAUGAAUGAUUUAUUUUUUUGGAGGGGAGGGGGUUGGGUUUUUUUCUCUUUUUUAACUAUCUUUGUUAACAUGCUGGUAGUCAUUGAUGUGGUUCUGUGUGUUUAUGUUGAGACCAAAUGUUCCUUGUUGUACUUAAAUUUAGGCAGUUAGAAAUUUGCAGCUUCAAUAAAAGAAUAUGCAAACUUAAUUUGAUAUUAGUGUGUAGGAGCUCAGAGGAAACCAUUCUUCAGAUGGAAAAAAAAACUGUUGUGAAGCACCAAAGAUGUAUUUUUGAUCCUCUAUGAAAUACUUAAUAUUUGAUAUAACACUUUGUAAGAGAAUCAUGAAAUAUGGCUGUAUCCAAUAAUGAUAAUUAUCUUAA